AUGGACGCCUUCGUCUCACCAACUCUGUUCAAGCUUGUAAGCGCCGGCUACACUAUCAUGAACAAGGCCAAUUCCGCUCUCGAAUAUCGCGCCCUCAGAUAUGCGUUGUACGCUGCCAUGACUUGUCGGGGCACUAUUACGCUCAAGACUAAUGCUGGUCUACGGAAAGAGCUGGAAGAUGCGAGAAAGCAGCAGAAGGAGCACGAGAUGAAGGAGAAGGCGAGGUCCGAUCGAGCGCGUCGGACUACACAGGUCGACUCGGUUCCAGACUUUGCGACACCCGUGCGCGAAGAGCCUACACAAACACCAGAAGUGGUCCGCAAACUACAGGAGGCACUCAAGGACACGACCGAGCGCUUGAAACGCAGCAAUGCGCUGGUCAAAGAGCUUCAGCAGUCUACGAGCAAGCCUGCGCACCCGAGUAGAAUGUCCACCUCGUCUCACAACUCAUCAACGCCAAAGCGAGAUGCACUGGAGGAUAUGGGGCAUCAACUUCGGGCGGCGCGGCAAGAGGCUGUAGACGCCAAGAUGGAAGCUGCGUCCAAGGACGAGCAGCUAUGGCUGGUGCGGGAAGAGGCCGAUGGGGCUAAAGCCGAAGUCGCUUCGCUCAUGGCUUCUCAUGAUCAAGAGCCUCAGGCAGUACCGGAAGAGGUUGAGGCGGUUGAAGCUCAAGUGGCUUCCCUGGAGGCCGAGCUGGAAGCUGCACGACAGGAAACGCAGACGGCUAACGUGGAACUCCUCUCAGUCAAGGAGCAAUUGGGUUGUGCGAACGAAGCCAUAAAAACCGCUGGAUCUGGCUUGGCCCAAGUGAGAGAACUCGUGGGAAAAGUCCAAGAAGAGAAGGAAGAGGCUGAGGCCAACGCAGCUUCUCUAAACAUGCAGUUGAAAGCGUCCCGGGAAGAAGAAGAGAAGGGCAGAGCUGAUGCAGCUUCGAUGGAGAGAGACUUCCACGAGGUGCGAUUAAGGCAUAGCAAGGAAGUCACCGCGCUCAAAGAGCAGGUCAAAGAGUGGGAAGGCAUCGCUGCGGAGGCGAAGGAGGUCAACGAUCAGGUGCAGACCGCUCUUAACGACGAGAAUGAGGAGCUGAAAGAGCAGCUUAAGAAAGAGGCUGCUCAUCGCGAGACACUGGAGACGGAGGUGAAGAAGUUGAAGUCGGAGAUCGACGGUGCGAAAGCUACAGAGAUGGCUGCACCCGCGGCGAAGUCGCUCACUCCAUCUGAGACGCAGAAACCACCGAGCGCGACCUCUUCCAACCAUCCCCUCGAUAACCAGCCACGUCUCGUCUCCGUCGCCGGACUCACAAGCCCGUCUACACCCCUCCUCACCGCAUUACCAGGCCCUACAACCACUCCCGAUACCUCGACGCCAAAGGACCACAAAGAUCUCACCGCAAAGUGGAAUGCUAGGACAAUCACACUCCCAGCAUACAUCGACGGCUUAAAUGAGUUGAAGCGGAAGUCUGAUGAUGAGGGCGAGACACCCAGACCGAUGAAACAGCUUCGGCUCAGCGGCGAGAGUGCAGAGAUUCCAACAGGAAAACUGCUGACGCCUGGCGGUGGACCAGCAUUCAAGCUUCCGAGACAAGAGGAAGACGUUGAGGAAGAAGUUGAGGAAGACGUUGUGGAAGACGAUGGCGACGCGUCAAUCGACUUAUUCUGGGAUUCUUUCGAGGGCGACGCAGACAACUCGGGCACUUUCACAUACGGCUUUGGCGACGAAGUUGGCGCGGAGUCAGCAGCUCUUCCCGAGCAAGACGCAGAGAAGGGCGAGACCAACACUCAAGGCGAUACUCUCGUCAUUGACGGCGAUACCAUCAUCGAUGAAAGCGACCACAGCAACGACGACCUCUAUGCCAUGCCUUCGCCGAGUCCAAAUAAGCAGCCGCCUCAGAUCGUUGGCGAUAUCCCCGACAUUGAUAUCCCCGCCAUUGAGCUGACUCCAGCUACCAAGCGGAAGAUUGGCAUUGAAGGCGAUGAGGAAGCGUCGUUGAAGCCGUCUCAGGUACCGAGGACUGAGGAGGACCUUGGUGGUGAGCAGACGCUGGCUUUGGAGAAUAUGACUCCAAUUGCCGUUACUCGCAAGCCCGCUAUCAUUUUGACGCCUGCUACGAAGCGGCUCUUGACAGAAGAUGACAGUGAGGAGCCGCCGAGGUCGUCACAGAUGCCACCUAGAUCGUUGCAGCGACCGCCUAGGUCAUCAAAGGCGUCGAGGACGACGCUAGGCUUGGGUGAUGAGCAGACUCCGACAUUGAACGAGAUGAUGACAGAGAACGCUGUUGAUACCCCUCGUGAAGCAAACACGGCGACUGAAGCCAGUGGGACAGCUCCAUCUGUUGCCGAGAACAUGGACAUCCUCCCAGAAACACAACCUACAACCGAGGAGCCAGCAAACCCAAACAACGACACCACAACGGCCAACACCUCCGCGACGAACGCAACCAGCACCGCUCGUCUCGCGCCCCCUGCUGCAUCCCAGGCCCCCAACCAAAGGAGCACGCGCAAUGCCGGGAAGCCCGUAGGAUCUCUCAACGAGAAUGUUUUGAGUAAGAUGGCGGCAUCGCCGAUGAAGGUGAAAGAAGAUAAAGAGACAGCUGCAGAGACGACGAACGGAAGGGGCAAGUCACCGGCGAAGACCAGGGCAAAGUCGCCAGCGAAGACAGCAGCGAAGGCACCGGUAAAGGCACCGGAGAGAUCGCGAAUCUUAGCUUCAGGCAAGGUCGAUGGGAACCACGAGCACGGGAACGACGAUGAGGACAAGGACGAGAACGAGAACAACAACGACACUCGCGCAACAAAGAUCGACACCGCAAAGAGACGACUAGAUCUCUCGACUGCAUUCGCGAGGCUCGUGUAUAUGACACGAGGAUACGAAGCGAUGCUGUCUCAAGACAACUGGCGGGACAGUGCCAAUAGGGUAUCUCCCGGAAAGAAAGAGCAGGAGACUAUACCAAUCAGUGCGACACCGUUAAUCUGGGUGUUGGCAUUGAUGGCGAGGUACAGGACGGGUUUGGUGUGA